AAUAAUGCAUCAUCCCUUCACAAUUCCUCACACCUCAAACAACUCUCUCUCAUCUCUCUCACUUCACUCUCUCACUCUCUCUAUCUCUCUCUCACUUGACUCUCUCUCUCUCUCUAAGCUAUUGUGAUGGCGACGAUGUGGAUGAUUGUGUGUGCGAUAAUUUUGGUGAUGGUCGGCGGCGAGCAGCCGGCAUGCGACAAGGUCCCCUUCACUCCACUUCUCAACGCUACUCAGAAAGGAGCAGUUUGCGUUGACGGCUCACCCGACGGCUACUAUCUGCAGCCGGGAUCAGGAGACGGAGCCAAAAACUGGCUCAUCUAUAUCAAUGGAGGCGGGUGGUGUGAAAACAUUACUACCUGUCGUGAUAGAUUUAACGAAUACAAUGGGAAUAGCAGAAUCAGCUUUAGUAAUAUUCCCAAUUCAAAUGGCACUCUCAGCGUAGCCAAAGAUUUCACUGGCAUUCUUAGCCAAAACCAAGCCAUAAAUCCGGAUUUCUACAAUUGGAACCGGAUUUACGUGACCUACUGCGACCAGGCAUCGUUCCUCGGAGACACUGUAGUUGAUGAUGGUCAAGGGCCAAUAGUUCAAUUCAGAGGGUCGAGGAAUUUCGAUGCUCUGGUGGAGGACCUUUUGGCUAAGGGAAUUGGUGCCGGAGAGAAUGUUAUUCUUUCCGGUAGAUCGGCCGGAGGCCUAGCAACUAUACUACAUUGCGAUGGCUUCCGAGCACGUCUCCCUAACGUCGGCAGGGUGAAAUGCCUUUCCGAUGCCGGAUUUUUCAUCCGAGCAGAAAAUGUCGCUAAUGCCGACUACAGGGACCAAUUUUUCGCCUCGGUCAUCCAGCUCCAUAAUAUUUCUAGCCUCUUGCCGGCGACAUGCACACAAAUAAGAGAUCCGAGUUUGUGUCUCUACCCCGAAUAUCUGGUUGGGGACAUUCAAACUCCACUAUUUAUAUUAAAUAGUGCAUUUGAUUUCUUUCAGCUUCAAGCCAGAGUGGUACCUCCAAAUUCUCCUGAUUUGGAUAGAUGGAAAUUCUGCUUGAACAAUACCCGCUGUACAGCUGCUGAUACCCAACUAUUGAAUGAUUUUGGGGGUGCAUUUUUCCAAACUAUUAAUAAUCUCCCCUAUAAUCCUUCAAGAGGCAUGUUUAUAUACGCAUGCUACGCACACUCAGUGGCAUAUCGUGAGGAGUAUUGGUCACCAAAUUCCACAGUCAAAUUGGGAAAUUUGACCAUGUUGGAGGCCUUUGGAGAUUGGUAUUUCGAUAGGAAUUCGGUUAUCUUGAUCACCUCCUCUACUACUCGAGAGUUUUGUACUACUUGAUAUAGAUAUUAAGAGUUUAAUUGCAACUUUUAAUAGUGUUUUGGGCAUCAAAUAUUUAGGCCAAAUUUUAGUUCUUACAUAUCAUUUAAGUUAAUGUGUUGGUUCCAUUUCUUGUUACAACGAAUCUACCAAUAUUUUGUCUACUCAAA